AUGUGGGUGCGGUCCUUGCUGCUCUGUGGGGUGUCUUUCGCGCUUCCACUUUUUGUGACAGCAGGUACCUGUAAGGAUGCUGAAAUGCACCAUGAGAUCAUUUCAGAGGGCCGGCCUUUUGCUUUCAAUUGCACAUACCCUCCAGUAACAAACAGGGCAGUUGAUGUGACAUGGCACAGAGCAUCCAACCGAAGCUCAGUGUCCAACAACAGACAGCUUAGAAAUCACCAGGACCAGACCUGGAUUUUGUUUCUUCCUUUGGAAGAGGGGGACUCAGGCAUCUACCAGUGUGUUAUAAGGGAUACCCACAACUGUUACCGAAUUGCUGUAAAUCUAACGGUUGUUAGAAACCAUUGGUGCGAUUCUUCCACGGAAGGCCCCAUAAAGUUGUCUUUGUCGGAUGAGUAUCAACAAAGUUUACCCUUGGGAAAAUCGGCCAGUCUCACAUGUCAUCUAGACUUCCCAGACAGUUGUGUUCUGGAUUCGAUAAAAUGGUAUAAGGGUUGUGAAGAGCUCAAAGCAGAGAAGCAGUAUGUUGUUUCAGGACCAAGGCUUCUUGUGAACAAUGUCGCUGAAGAGGAUGGUGGGAGCUAUGCUUGCACAGCCAGACUCACAUACUUGGGGAGACAGUUCACGGUUAGAAACUACAUUGCUGUGAGCAUCAAGGAAGUUGUGUCUGGAGGAAGAAUUCCUAAUAUCACAUAUCCAAAAAACAACUCCAUCGAAGUUCAACUUGGCUCCACCCUUAUUGUGGACUGCAAUAUAACAGACACCAAGGAGAAUACAAACCUGCGGUGCUGGAGAAUCAACGAAACCCUGGUGGACGACUACUACAAUGAUUCCAAGCGCAUCCGGGAAGGAAUUGAAACCAAUGUUUCCUUUAAAGAUCAUAUUUUUUACACUGUGAACAUCACAUUCUUAGAAGUGAAAAUGGAAGACUAUGGCCUUCCUUUCAUGUGCCACGCUGGAGUGUCCACAGCCUACAUCAUGUUGAAGCUCCCAGCUCCAGACUUCCGGGCUUACCUCAUAGGAGGGCUUAUGGCUUUCCUGCUUUUGGUUGUAUCUAUCCUGUGCAUCUACAACAGUUUUAAGAUUGACAUUAAACUUUGGUAUAGAAGUGCCUUCUACUCAGCCCAGGCUCCAGAUGAUGAGAAGAUGUACGAUGCCUAUGUCUUAUACCCAAAGUGCCCAAGAGAAAGCCAAGGCCAUGAUAUGGACACGAUGGUGUUGAAGAUCCUGCCUGAGGUGCUGGAGAAGCAGUGUGGAUACAAAUUGUUUAUAUUUGGCAGGGAUGAAUUCCCUGGACAAGCGGUGGCCAACGUCAUUGAUGAAAACAUUAAACUGUGUAGAAGACUGAUUGUCCUUGUGGCACCAGAAUCACCCAGCUUUGGCUUUCUCAAGCACAUGUCAGAAGAUCAGAUCGCUGUCUACAAUGCCCUCAUCCAGGAUGGCAUGAAGGUCAUUCUGAUUGAACUGGAGAAAGUCAAGGACUAUAGUGGCAUGCCCGAGUCCAUUCAGUACAUCCGCCAGAAGCAUGGGGCCAUCCAGUGGGAUGGGGACUUUACAGAGAAGUCGCAGUGUGCCAAGACCAAGUUCUGGAAGAAAGUAAGAUACCAUAUGCCACCUAGAAGGUAUCCGCCAUCUUCCCCGGUCCAGCUGCUGAGGCACACACCCUGCAACUGCACAUCAGGCAAAUGGGAUGCUGCCAUAGGGCUCAUAACUCCCUGACACAGAAUGGUUGGUGUGUGGUGGCUCACAGCUGCAUCGUCUUUGGUUUGUCUACCCCUGCAGCUUGUUGCUCUUUUAUGCUGGGUGACCUUGUUUUUGUCCUUGUUGUUUUUGGUUUUGUUUUGGAUGCUUUUAAUGAGACUAGGUUCUUUAGUACCUCUGUUUGCUUCACGACUCCUGAAUACCUAUAUGCUCUCCUGAGCAUGGGGUACCUAUGACACCGGGCCUCCAUGCCAGUGGAAUACAGUAUAUGGUCAAGAUGACAGACCAGGGGCAAGGAUGCUUGGUCUAUGUCUGGGAUGGGAGUCUUGGCAGUCUGAGGAUGCCAAGUGGAGAGCCUUGGGGAAGGCCAGCAAGGCCAGUAGCAUGAUUUUUGUGCUUGUACAGUGUCUACCAGGCUUUGUUCCCCAGGCAGUUUAGAUAGUAUCUGAAUUUCCUUCACAUUUCCAUUGCAGUUAGAUAACUAACUAUAGCUAGCUCAAUGCCCCUGGAAGCCACUUAGCUGUCACCCGGACCAACGGACUCCAGUUUUGAAAGAUAAUCUGUCAAACAGAUUAAGAAAUUUUCUACUUUUUAAAGAUGCCUUGUCUGCCAGACUUCUGAGGAACAUUUGAGAGAUACAAAUUACAGCUCUGAGGUGAUGCCAUUCUAACCCCAGUAAAUCUAUGAGAGAUUUGGUUAGCGAGUGCAUCCUUCUUACAGGGCAAUUUAUGACUGUCUAGUUCACCCAGUGUUUUAAUGCUAACCAGAGCUGUCAACCACUAUUACUAUUUCCUAAGGCCCAACCUGGAAAACAAAAUCAGCUCCAAUCCAACCCUGUCAAGUUAUGGUGAACAGGCCAGGUGUUGGUGGCGCAAGCUUUUAAUCCCAACACUGGGGAGGCAGAGGCAGGUGGAUAUCUGUGAGUUUGAGACCAGCCUGGUCUACAAAAGCUAGUUUCAGGACAGCCUCCAAAGCCACAGAGAAACUCUGUCUUGAAAAACCAAAAAAAAAAUAAAAAAAAAUAAAAAAAAAUAAAAAAGUUAUGGUUAACACAUGUGUGACUGCUUAGAGAAGCAUGAACACAAGUCUACUUACCCCAGAUAGGGGCACUGGACACAAACCAAGAAAACAAUUCCAUAUAGGUCAAGAUUAAUGAACCAGUGAUUCUUGGAGUUUCUUGAAGAAAUAUGGGUGAGGAGUUAGUUACAAGAGCAUGGGUGUCUCUAAGACAAAUCCACCAUGGAAAAGCCCACCAAGCAUGGUGACAGCUUAAAGACAGCUGGAUCCCUAGAGCCCGUGAAGCAUCCCAGCACAGCCACUGUCUCCUCUCCUAGCAGCUGUUUCUGCUUCUACAGCCACAGAGCAGGGUCUCGUGACUCUUUUUCUGGGAUUCCUGAGGACUGAGGAACCUACCCAGAAAGGAAGUUUCAGAAGCUUGGAGGAGAUAACUGCAUAACUCCUUAUGGGGAGGUAGUGGGAGAGGCAGCUAGGCCAUAGGCAAGAAGGGGGCGCCUGGGAGGAGAGGUAACAAGAAGGAGAGCUAGGAGAGUGGAAAGCCUCCUGGGGAGUCCAUCUCUCUCCUGGCAGGCUGGCAUCGCAUCGUGGCAUUCAUAUCAUGACUUGACACUGGACCUCACUUGAAUAUGUUUUGUUAAAAAUUAAUUUUGGUAAGAUAUGUGAACAACACAUUUACCACUAGUCAUUUUCUUUUUAUUUUUAAAACAAUCUUAUUUUACAUACUAACCCCAGUUCCCUCUCCAUCUCUCUCUCCCCAUCACUAGUCAUUUUUAAGUUGAGUUGUUACUCAAAGCCAUUAAGUGUAUUCAUGUUGAUAAGACCACUGUCACCAUCCUCCUCCGAAACCUUUUCAUCACAGCAAACUGAAACUCUGUUCUCAGUGAAUAACUUCUCCCUACUUCUCCUAGCCCCUGGAAAUCACCAUUUCAUCUCCCAUCCCUGUGAAUCUGACUAUUCUAGGAACUUCAAAUAACAGACAUCAUUUGGUAUUUCUCAUUUUAUGACUGGCUUCUUCUGUAUAUUACAGUGUCCUCAAGGUUCAUCGGUGAGAUCCACUUUUUGUUUCAUUAUUAUUGUUAGUCUGUCUUUCUCGUAUUUUUCCUCUUUACAUUCCCAACCCCUUCUUCAAAGGUGCACUGCGAGGAGCAUAGAUGUUUCCAAAUGCCCUCAGAGUGAUGAGCUCACCGAGGCUUGUAGUAUUCUGCUUUUUCACAUGCUUGUAAUAUUCUGCUUUUUCAGCUUCUCUUUGCACCAUGGGGAUCAUAACUCCCUAAAGAGGAAUGCUAGCUCAAGGUAUUUGUUGCUUCCAAAAGAUGUCGCUGACUGGACCUUCAUUCAGUCUCUGUCACUUUCCAUGGGUCUUUGCUUCGACUGCAUCUCUGGUAAUUUCCAGCAAUACUGGAGGACCUAGGGACCGGGCUGACUAAUGGGACUCAGGCUUUCUUGGGUGGAGCCCAGGAUGCAGUGCCUGUCCACUGGAUCCCAGACACACAGCAGGUGGUCCCUCUAUGCACAGGUGGUAACAGAUCUGCCUGUAUGAUUUCCAGGCAGUACAAGCUUGACAUUUUCAGGUGAAUCAUCACCAACUGGUCUGUUAGUGAGGACUUGGGGGACAUCUCUCCCCAUUUAGAUUUGGACUCUCACUUCCCGAGUUACUUCCCUCUGAAAGAAUCAGGGAGACAGUGGCUGAGGCUGUGUCAGGAGUGGAGAGACAUUGCCCUGUGCCUUCUUUAUGAGGUUCCUUGACACUGCCUUGCCCACAAAUUUUAGGAAAGGUAUUUGUUCAUUACAUUAUUCUGAUUAUGUUUGUGGGGACAUUAGGUGAGGCUUUAUAUCAGUAAAGAAAGUACAGUCAACUCAUCCGAAGAAAGUAUUUUCGGAAAAUUCCUGAUUUUUUAACUUGACUUUUCUUUUUCAAUCAGAAGAAAGCUUUCACCUCAACAAUGUGCCUUAAUUUUCCCUUUGCUUGAAAUUAAAAAUAAAUUGUAUUAUGAGUGCUGAAA